GUUUCGCUUCAAUGAAUGGAAGUCGACAGGAAAAAUGGAAGUGGUUAACAAUUUGAUGCUCUGUCAUUAGUCUUCAAUAAUUUAUUUAAUUAAUCUAUUUCUUCCAUUUUAUUACAUGAAAACUAAUUUUAGAUAGAGGUAGUACACGUUAAUCAGUAUUAUGUCUCAUCAAACUGGAAUACGAGCCAACGAAGAGCUCAAAAAAUUCUUCGGAAAAUGUCGAGAUGGAAAAAUUAGAGUUAUGAAAAUCGCUAUAGAAAAUGAACAAUUAUCCUUGCUGAGUUAUAAAGAGAAGAAAGGCAAUUGGGAGAGUGAUUACGAAAAAUUUGUUCCUGGUCUUGUAGAAGCUGCCCAACCUACCUUUAUCCUUUUCAGGUUAGACACAAAAAGUGACACAACAGCUUACGAUUGGCUGCUGAUCAGCUGGUCACCGGAUGACUCACCCGUCCGGCAGAAGAUGUUGUAUGCCUCGACCAAGGCUACUCUCAAACAGGAGUUUGGCAGUGGACAGAUAUCUGAGGAGUUGCAUGCCACUGUUGAGGAUGACGUCACACUUCGCGGUCUGACGAAAUCGCGCGUCUGCGCAACCAGUCCAGCGCCUCUGAGCAUGCGCGAGGAAGAGAUGGCAUCCUUGUCUAACACACUGGCAGAUGUGGGCAUAGGCAUCGACUCUCGCACUCAGACAUUGGGAGGUGUCGCAUUUCCUGUUGAACCCAAAGCAGUUGCUGCCAUACAGAACUUGAAGAUGAAACGCAUCAACUAUGUCCGGUUGAAGAUUGAUCUCAGCAAUGAGGAGAUACUGUUGGAUCAUGUGGGACAGGUAUCGGUGGGUGGUCUUCCCUCUCUAGUACCAUCCCAAACUGCUCGCUACCAUUUAUUUAAUUUCAAACACACUCACGAAGAAGAUGUACUCGAGUCAAUUGUAUUUAUCUAUUCAAUGCCCGGAGACUGUUGUUCCGUAAAGGAGAAAAUGUUGUACAGCAGUUGUAAAGCGCCCCUACUAGAGACUAUCACUUCUUCCAUAGGUCUACAAAUCGAGAAAAGGUUGGAAAUCGACAAUGGCUCGGAACUGACGGAGGAUUAUCUACAGGAUGAGCUGCACCCGAAGAAAUGCCUGCACCGGCCCAAAUUCGACAAGCCUAAGGGACCUCCGAACCGCGGCGCCCGACGCAUUACCAAGGACUCCGAAAAAUCGAGACACUGCACUGUUUCCUGAAACGAAGUCCUCAUUGGAGAGUUGAACAACUAAAGAAAACUUUCCAACCAAACUAAAAAUUUUAUAGAAAAUUGAACAUGUAUGUUCAUUUAACACAAAAGGUUGUGGAAAAUUUUUCACGCACAUUUUCAGAGCGGGUUUUCCGGAUGAAAAUUAUUAUUCUUCCAUGUCUAGUUUUUCUAAUGAACUAGACCUUUUUUGAAACUUAGUUACGGUGAUGCCAAAAUGUGAUAAAAAUUAUUCUUACUCCUAUUUUUGUCAACCAGAAAAUGACGCGCACAAGUUUUUAGGGUUUUGUAGCAAUUUUGAUAUUUUUUAGUCGAAUUUACUUGCCAAAAAUGAGUUCCUCAGCUAAGUUUUUGACUUGCACAAUUGUUUUUAUGUAUUUUUGAGCAAAAUCUCAUACGUAGCUUAUUUGAGAUUAUAUUUUGCAAUGAAUUCCAAUUAUACUUUUACCAAAAAUUAGUUCCUCAGUGAAAUUGACUGAUUUGCACAAAUCUAUUUUAGUUGUUGAAUGUGUUUUUGAGCAAUUAGUUUUAUCUCUAAGGGUAUAAAUCAGCUCAGUAUUUCAAAUAUUAAUUGCGAUAUUCUAGUAAUACAUUUUAAUUAUUUUCUGCCAAAUCAGCUCAUUAUUUCAAUUAUCAAUUGCGAUAUUCUUGCAAUAAAUUCCAAUUAUUUUCUUGCCAAAAAUGAGUUCCUCAGUAUAUUUCUUUGAUUUGAACAAUUUU